CUCUCGCCAUGACAAUUGUUGAUAAUCAACUGGAGUUAUUUUUUGCUUUAGAGUAAAAUAAUUUCAAGCCAGGCCCUUUCCCUCCGGGGGGCUGUCGGAUCAUACCACAACGAACGUAAGAUACCGACUUGCAUGAAGGGCUAAUGGAAAACCCAAGGGAUAUGGCUGAGCACACUCCCCGCUCAGAGCGGAAGAGGAGAGAUUCGUUCGGGAUGUUUGACGGGUAUGACAGCUGCAGUGAAGACAGCAGUAGCAGUUCCAGCUCAGAGGACAGUGAAGAUGAAGUUCCCAGCAUCCCUGCCAGUUUGCCCAUCAUCAAAAACAAUGGCCAGGUGUACACCUAUCCUGAUGGAAAAGCAGGAAUGGCAACCUGUGAGAUGUGUGGUAUGGUUGGUGUACGAGAUGCUUUCUAUUCUAAAACCAAGCGAUUCUGCAGCGUGUCCUGUUCCAGAAGCUAUUCCUCCAAUUCUAAAAAGGCCAGUAUACUGGCAAGACUUCAGGGUAAACCACCAACGAAAAAGGCAAAAGUCUUACAGAAACAGCCAUUAAUGGCAAAGUUGGCAGCUUAUGCACAGUAUCAAGCAAAUCAACAGAACCAAGCUAAAUCAAAAUCAGUGGUUCCUGUUGAAGGCUUUGACUGGGGCCAGUACAUUUGUAGCAAUAAUUUAGUUGGGGCACCAGUCAGCUGUUUCAAACAUGUGCCCAUGGGUAUGUGCUGGGGUGACAUAGCUGAGGGGGUGAGGGUGGAGGUCUUCAAUUCUGACACAAACCUCUCCACAAAAGUUUACUGGGUAGCAGAGAUUGUCAAACUGGCAGGUUUUAAAGCUCUUCUGCGCUAUGAGGGUUUUGAUAACGACUCAAGCAGAGAUUUCUGGUGUAAUCUGUGCAUCCCAGAAAUCCACCCUGUUGGAUGGUGCGCUUCUAGUGGAAAGCCACUGGUGCCUCCUAAAUCCAUCCAGCAUAAGUAUUCUAACUGGAAAGCAUUUCUUGUGAAAAGACUCACUGGAGCCAAAACUCUUCCGCCAGAAUUUGCCACAAAGGUGCAGGAGAACAUGCAGUACCCGUUUAAGAAACUGAUGCGUGUAGAAGUGGUGGACAAGACACACCUGUGCCGCACUCGUGUGGCUCUAGUGGAACAGGUGAUCGGUGGCCGUUUACGCCUGGUGUACGAGGAGAGCCAGGACGGCACAGAUGACUUCUGGUGUCACAUGUUAAGCCCACUCAUCCAUUCCAUUGGCUGGUCACGAAGCAUUGGACAUCGCUUCAAAAGAUCUGAGGUGUCGAAGAAGAUUGAGGGUCAGAUGGACGCUCCCUCACAGCUGUUUCUUAAGAUAAGGGAUGUGGAUCAGAGUGGGGAUUGGUUUAAAGACGGAAUGAAGUUGGAAGCAAUAGAUCCUCUAAAUCUCUCCGCUAUAUGUGUUGCUACUGUUAGAAAGGUGUUGGCAGACGGGUACCUAAUGAUCGGGAUUGAUGGUUCCGAGGCGGCUGAUGGCUCAGACUGGUUCUGCUACCACUCCACCUCUCCCUCCAUCUUCCCAGUCGGCUUCUGUGAAAUCAACAGCAUUGAGCUCACACCCCCGAGAGGGUCCACCAAACUCCCUUUCAAAUGGUUUGACUACCUCAGAGAAAUAGGUUCAAUUGCAGCCCCUGUGAAGCUCUUUAACAAAGAUGUGCCGAAUCAUGGCUUCCGCGUAGGCAUGAAGCUGGAGGCAGUGGACUUGAUGGAGCCGCGUCUGGUGUGUGUCGCCACAGUGACCAGGAUCGUCCACAGACUCCUGCGCAUUCACUUUGACGGCUGGGAGGAUGAGUAUGAUCAGUGGGUGGACUGUGAGUCUCCAGAUCUCUACCCCAUAGGCUGGUGCCAACUGACCGGCUAUCAGCUGCAGCCGCCUGCCGCACAGACCGCAAGAGAAGCACCGCCAAAUGUCUCGAAACAGAAAAAGAAGGCAGCACAGUAUAAAGGACAAAAGAAAAAGAGGAAGAUUCCAGUUGGGAGGAGGCCGAUCGGUUUGGGUGGGCCUCUGAGGAGGAGGAGCUUCUCGGGUGAUGAAGAGCAGACUCCGCCCCAUUACCUGUCCCACUUCUCUGGGUCCAGGCGACCUCCCGCCUCAGGUGUAGAGCGUGAUCGCUCUCUCAACUCAGAGGCCUCGCUGCAGCUGAAAGAAGAGACUCCUGAGAUCGACGAGUUCACCUUCUCUCAAGGCAUCUCAGACCAGGAGAGCAACGGCUCGGGCAGUUAUUACAUCAGACAGGAGCCGUGAGCCGCUGCAGCCAAUCACAGACUCUCACCUCACUGCCAACAGCACUGGAAAAAACCCCACACGCAGAGAUGCACAGCAGACCUGGAGGAAGAAGAAGAGACUUCCCUCCAAAACCAGGUCUUUCUCCUUUCCUUUUAUGGUUCCUUUUCAGGUUUCAGGAGAAGAACGUCAGUCAUUGAUGCGAGACAGAAAAGGGGGGAUUUUGGUUCGUAUAAUAAGGAUAGCGUUGAUUGUCCUGACUUUUUUUUUGUUCUUCUUGAUUUUUUUUUUGUUCUCAUUUGCCCGAUGGACUUAUCCUCCUCAGUGUUCAUUGUACUUGAAGAUUUCUUCGCUUUUUAUACAUAUUUGAUCUCUUUAUUUCCCUCUUUUGGUGAAGAAAAACAAAAAAGAUGACAAAAAUUUGAAUAUUUCUUGGGGGUGGACAUUUCAGUACCUUGUGUGUUCUUGCGCUGUUUCACUUGUUUUGGAUGGGUGUGCAUUUGGUAAUAGUAGAAAUCUAUAUUGAGACAGUAUAUUCAUAUAUAUAUAUAUAUAUAUAUAUGUAUGACAUUCAUAUUAAACGCAUAUUUAAACGUAUAAAUAUAGUAGUGGAUUGAGGGAUGAUGGUAUUGAAAUCAAACCUUACUGGUAUGAAGAGUAGAUUAAAGGAAAACACUCACAAUUUGCACUACAGGGAUUUCAAACAAAAUAUAAAACCAUAGUAAACAAACAAACAAACUGCAGCUUUAUUGUGUUGUGAUUAGCAAACGUAACUAGCGGUGGGAUGUGCUCAAGUCAAAGUGAAGAUUACGAUAUGCAAAAAAAAAACAGUUUUUCGACAUUUGACGCCAGUGUUUCUAGUUUUUUAAUUACGUUCUCAAGAGCCAUUUUCUAAAAUACAAGCAGUCAAAGUGUUUUUGAGCCAGAGAAUAAAACGUAAGCAAUCACCGCUGCCUGAACACUACCUUUCGCGAGUCUCCGAUCAAUCCAGCGCUAGCUCAUUUACUAGCCUCGCCUCGAACAUCCCAUCCCAUACAUUUCCUGAUUCCAUUCCACAUUUUGACUACCUCUAAAAGAAGAUGCGUUGCAAUAGGUAGUUCUGUCAUGCUUAUAAUCCGUAUAAGCAAGCGCGUACACAGUUAUAUUUUAUGCAAGAGAUAAAUAUUAACACUUGGACAUGCUUCACUUUUAAAAGUCUAUACACCAUUUCUGUUUUAGAGCAUGGGAAGGCAAAGAAGAAGGUUAUGCAAUAAUAAUAUUUGUGUUGUUUUACGAUGUCUUACUCUGAAAUCCAGAAAUCACACAGCUCCUAUAUAUAGAGAGAGAGAGAGACUUAAAAGCAAGAUAUUGAGAAACUGUGACAAUUUUCUAAGAGCUAGACUUGAGCUUUCCCUGUUCUAGAUCCUUCUGAGUGUAAAUACAUCCUCUAUAUCACAUUCGCAUAGUGGUUUAUCUUAGUAGAACUAUAAGCUCUGUUCAAUACCAGUAAGGUUGUUGGUGAACUCUCAGGAAACAUAUAGAUCUCAUUUAAUUCUGCUUUAUUUGAAGGUUCACGGCUAAAGCGCUUCUAAAAUCAUUCGAUUUGAUCGCCGUUUCAUAAAAAAUGGAUUAAAAAACACAACUUCUUGCUCGCGUUUGUUUAAUGCUGACUCAAUUUUUGUAAAUGGUCAUCCACCUCGUAGGUAGAUCCAUGUUAAAUUAUGGUUCGUUCGUUGUAUAAAAAUGUAUUUUUUUACUGUUCGCUUUCUCUUGAGUUUUAGCUGAUGUUUGUACUGAAUCAUUCUGUUAUUUUAUGUUGUUGUUCGUAGUGGGUUUCUUCAGUAGCUGUUGUGUCGUUUGCAUGUGUAGUUUUCCAGAUGUAAGGCACUGUCGUGUGUUAAUGUCAAACUGGGACUUUAUGGCCACAUUUUCCCAUCAGCUGCAGGAGCCACGUUCAUUUUUUCCAUCUUUAUUUCGUUAUAAACCCAAACUCAUAGCAUCAGGAUUUAGGUACACACUGGUCAUGUCUGCUCAGUUUCAUUUCUUAAAUAUAUAGAUGUGUGUAUGUAUACACACACACAUAAUAAGACCAAAAUAUCAAUUGUUUCUGCAAUUUAAACGAAAACAAAACGACUGUUGAGGCAAAUUUAGCUGCUACCCUCAAGAAUUUCAACGCACAACUUCACCUUCACCCUUUUGUCAGCAGAAUUGAUGCCUUAUCCUCUCUGUGUUGUGUUUUUUUUUUGUCAGAGUACAAAAAUAUACGUAAAAAAAAAACUAAAAUAUGUCGUCCAGUAGAGUUCUUAUCAGUGCAUGCAGCAAUGUGAGAUGAAUCUUAUGAGGGCCAGUUGUUUUUCUGGUCUCGAUACUAACACGGGUUUUUGUGACGUUUCCCCUCUGUCCUCAGUAAUCACAUCAUGGUGCUAUAUUCAUAUAUAUAUAUAUAUUUGAUAACUCAUUGGUUAGGUCUAUCAUAGGAGAAAUAAGUCUGUAAUUAUAAGUUGGAGAGCCGCUGAUUAUAACUUCAGAUCUGUAUUUUUGGAUACAAAUAGCCGAAAUCAUUUGUUAUAACGAUGUAAAGUCAAAUUAAAUAAAUAAAAUAAAAAAAAGAACUAACGUUGACCCUCGUUGUAUGAAGAGGUGAGGGUGGUGGAUUUGUAACUUUUUUGAUAGAGUCUGUAUCUGGUCUUUGCUUUAUUUCUUAUGACGAAGAUGAUUAUGAUGAUGACGUGUGCUGUGAUUAUAGGGUUUGAUAGAGCUUCUAUGUAUAUAGUUCAAACUGUGGGGGGGAAAGCUUUCGUUGGUCUAAUUUUAUGUUAAUUUGUUUACAAGCAUUUCAAACUGUUUCCGCAUGGCUGUGAAAAUGUAUCUGUUGAGUUUGGGGGAAAAAAAAGAAGAAAUUUUUACACUGAAUUAAAAGGUUACUAAACGUU